AUGCCGGAGCGCCGUUCGAUUGUGGUGGCUGGAAGUUCAGUUCUACGAGGCAGCUUGCAGUCGUUGAUUGAUGCCUUGGUGCCGAAUGCUUGGCAAUCGUUUGCCGGAGUGCCGAGCAUACCAGGCGAAGGUACGACGGUCAAGUGCUGGGGCUGGCUUGAGUACCAGGUGGAUAACCUGCAUUUGGGAUUUCUCGAUUGGCGGCUGCCGAGCUAUGGGAGGAGCGACAAGGUGAGCGCUGCUGCUCGUAUCCGGAAGACGAUGCUUGAGGAUAAGCCGGACAUCUUUGUCAUCGAGCUGGGGUGGAACUUCAAGGACCACAUGCGGCAACUGGACUCAGAGUUGGCGCUCUUCUGGGGGCCUCUCUUCAAAGCUGUGCUCCCCAGCUUCCAUGGAAAAGUAGUACUUUGCCUGGGGCCCGUGAGCCCUUUCAAUGCUCGGAUUUGUGAAGCAGAGUGUGGCAUCAGUCGUGCCCGCGCGCGAAGUGCGAGAAGCUCCGUAGCUAAGCUCUUGGCUUCAUGGCCCAGCGACAUUCGGAAUGCAUCCCGGGGCAAGAUUGUGAUGCUUGAUCCGGCUUUCAUGGCGCUUCCGAUGUUCUUCGAUGGAGAGACAGAUAUGGUUCGCAAGACCUCAUCGCAACAUUGGCAUCGUUAUGAUCGGAAGCAGUCGCCAGGUCGGAAAGUGUUUGGCGUUGUUGCAGAAACUCUUGGCCAGAUCUUUCUCUCAGAGCUCCUGCGUGUCACCGAGCUGAGGGCCGGAGCACCUGGUAAAGAGGUGACCCACACCCGGGCUUGCGCACAAUGCCCGGUGAGAAGCUGCUGUCCCUGGCGGCCGAUCCCACUGCAUCUUGAGCACACACUCAGGAAUGUGAGAGACCUGACAAACUUCACGUCCUGGUCCAACUUGACGAUGGAGAGCUGCGGGCAAAUGGAGGUAAACAUGGCAGUGAGAGACGUAGUGUGUGAAGUGCAGGCGAGCAUCGGGACCCAUGCUCCCCUUCACGCCUCGGCAUGA